GUUGGUUACUCUCAGGUGUUAAAGAGUACAAAUGUUACUUUCGAAUUUGCAGAUGGUCCUUUUUUUGUGUACACCCGGCGUGAACCAGUUGGAAUUGUGGGUGCUAUUACACCUUGGAAUUUCCCUUUGGCCUUGUGUAGCUUAAAGCUUGGUCCUGCCUUGGCUUGUGGCAAUGUUGUUGUGCUUAAACCUGCAGAGCAGACUCCAUUAACAGCUCUUUACCUUGGCUCUCUUCUGAAGGAGGUAAAUUAGGCGUUAUUCAACUGAAUUUUAUAGUUAAUUUUAGAUUCCUUUGUUCCAGGUUACAAUAUUAAUUUCCAAUUUUAGGCAGAUACAUUUAAAGAAAUAGUUUUGAAAAUGUUCCAAAAGCCGCCAAAAUAAAAUUAUAUAAACCAACGAUUAUCAAAGAAGACAAAAGGCUCCAUGAUGUUGCUAGUUUCUAUUUCUCUUUCUUACGGUCACGUGAUUACCCAAAUUUCUCGGAAGGGUAGAUGACCACAUUUUCUUAGGUAUGGGGCCACGGUCGCGCGCGUGGAGCUCCGUUAUUAUGCAGUCUAAGUAAGUAAAGUUUCAAAAUAAUCGUAGCAGCAAUGCAACCCAAUGAGAGUUCUCCUAUUGGUGUCACCUCUGUUAAGCAGCCAUCACUUGCUUGAUACACUUAGGUUUGGCUUUAUUUUAAAAAAAAGAUGAUGAACGAAAAGACAGGUUAAGAUGACGAAGGUGACAACUGAUUAAUGCCACUGCUGGUGCAUGUUUGGUUCAAAAUAAAGAAAUAUGCUAAUGAUUAUGCUGAUAUUAUCCAAUUGAAAUGAAAAACUAUUUUUGAGCAGCCAACCUCCAUCAAGCGGCCACUUGCCCGUGACUCGAGGGUGGGGAUCAUCUUAGGCUUCUGGGAAACUGCCCGCCUACCCCUCCCCUAACCCAACAUUUUGCUCCAAGUGAGACGCAAAUGUUGACGUAGAGUUAGGGGAGGGGUAGGUGGGCAGUUUCCCAGAAACCUAAAUUGAUUCCGUGGGGUAUAAUACCCUUUUACUGGGAAUGCAAAUUUGCAAGCCUUUAUUAAAUAGGUUUGGCUUAAUUUUUUUAGUGUGGAUUAUGUUAUGAACUGUGAUGUCUUCUGAAUAUCUUGUUGUGUCUGCAGGCUGGCUUCCCCCCUGGUGUGGUGAAUAUCAUCCCUGGUUAUGGUCCCACUGCAGGUGCUGCCAUAUCUGAACACAUGGACAUCAACAAAGUCUCAUUCACAGGGUCAACAGAGGUACAUGAAGCUAAAUGUUCAUGUAACUUUACCAAUACUAACCUGUCUACAGACUUUUUUUUUCAAAUAAUUUAACAUCAAGCGGACAAUUUGGCAAGUGUCAUCUUGUUCUCACUUACCCACCCCUACCCCUUUAACUUGAGUAUCAGGCAUUUCUGGGGGAAAGAGGGAAGAAGGAAGCAAAAAGGGGAAACCAAGGAACUUCUGAUAUCACCCCUUGCGCUAGCAGUCAAUAAGUCUUCCACAGGUGUAAUUGUCAUGCAUGCGCUAGACUUUAUCUAAAGAGGAAAUCAGAAGGUCUGUAAACAAGCUACUCAGAUCCCACUUUGAAAUUAUCUUUGUAAUAAGUCACCCUCUUUUUAUUCAGCAGUCAAAAUGUGUCGAGCAUCCCACCCCUGCCCAACUGUUGAAUGAGUUAAACUGCUCUGUUACACUGACUUAAUGACUUAAUCAAAAAACAAAAGACUUUACUAUUGAUUUAAUGAUUAUCUACAGACUGUAAAAACCUAAUGAAACACCCAUGGCUUGGAGAAUUAGGCUCUAGGUCAAUCUUGAUCUUAUGUCCUACCCUUUCUUUUUUCCCAAGAAAACGCAAUUCGAUUUUGAGGGAAAACUUGCUAAAACUAGCAGUUAAUCAGGGUGCCCCUCAAUUUGUGUGUAAUGAGUUAUUGUUGUGUACAUAGCUUACGAACUAAGGUCUCAUAUUGCUCUGUUAGAUGAGUUGUCGUUAUAAUAACAAUAAAUUUUUGUCACAAAUCCUUAUGCAUUGGCAAGUUUUAGUCUUACAUGUACAUUGACUUACUCUUACGAUGAUCGUUACAAAGGUUGGACAGAUCAUCCAGGCUGCAGCUGCGAAAUCCAAUUUGAAGCGUGUGACCCUAGAACUCGGAGGAAAAAGCCCUGUCAUAGUAUUUGCGGACAGUGAUAUGGACUUUGCUGUGCAGACUGCCCACCGUGCGCUGUUCUUCAACCAAGGACAGUGCUGCAAUGCAGGAAGUCGUACAUUUGUACAAGACACCAUUUAUGAUAAGUUUGUGAAGAGAAGCGUGGAAAGAGCUAAGAAGCGCACUGUUGGAGAUCCGUUUGGCGAGAACGUUGAACAGGGUCCACAGGUGAAUGUAGUAAAGAAAUCUUGUAUCACCAUUCACUUUUAGCUUGCAAAACAGGUUUUAUCAAUAGCUCUCAGGUGUGCUUUUUGACUUGAGCACAAAGCACGAGACAGUACACGAGAGGGAACCUAAAUAACAUUGGACCCCCCCUCCCCUCAAACAAAAUCAGGGAGCGUGUCUCUGGCCCUGAUUUUGUUUGAGUGGAAGUGAGCGUCUUUACACAGGCUAAAAUAAGGCCUGUUGCACAAGCCCUCUCAAUGAUCAAUUUCUAAUCUCCCCAAGAUUUCGCCUGCCAUAUGAUUCCAGAUUGAGCCCUCUCGAAUUUGGACAUUUUAACAGUCGUGGCCCGUGACCAUGAGUUACUAUCUGAACAAUGAUCAUUUGACCAUAAAUGUAAAUUAACUUUACAGACUGUUGUUCAGCUUAUAUUAUGACAUUGCUCAUUCACUGCUGGGUACGACAUUACAUUCACUGACAUUUUAACCAGACCUCGGACUAUUUACUUGAAAUAACUUCAGUUCCGUGUUUCCUCCAUAGCAGUUGAAACUUUGGCUUGUAACUAGUACCUUUUGCGUGGCCUCCCUGUGAACUUGCCCAAAAUUGGUGUAUGACAGCUGGACCAACAUUGUACCUUCUAUAUUUUUUGACUGUAGGUGGAUAAAGAACAGUUUGAUAAAAUUCUGGAUUUGAUUGAAAGUGGAAAGAAAGAAGGUGCAAAGCUGGAAUGUGGUGGUGGUCGUCAUGGAGACAAGGGAUACUUCAUACAACCCACUGUUUUCUCCGACGUCAAAGAUGACAUGAGAAUUGCCAAGGAAGAGGUACUUGCUCCCUUGAUCCGUAGAGAAGUAUAAAAUCAAACUCUUAUUUGGUUUGUUUGCGGUAAUGAAUGACUUAUACAAAUUUCUGCUACGAAAUUCACAGAAAUUUACAGAAAUGCCAAGCAUAUACACUAAUAUAUGAACUGAUGAACUGCGGAAAUGAAAUUAACAUGAAGAAAUGAUCGUCGCAGGUCCCAACGUCAGUGGCUUCAUAGCUCAGUUGGUAGAGCAUCGCACCGGAAUCGCGAGGUCACGGGUUCAAACCCAGUUGAAGUCCUGAAUUUUUUUCAGGCUUCUUUACGCAAUUGCAUAAAUUGCGUUCACUGCGACGAUCAUUUCUUCAAGUUCAUUUCAUUUCCGCAGUUCAUAUAUGAUUUAUUUCAUAUAUCAUUAACACUCAUUUCUUUCAGGGGAACAUAUGAACCCACAAUAAUAUUGACCUGCUCCCAACGUCAGUGGCUUCAUAGCUCAGUUGGUUGAGCACCACACCGGUAUCGCGAGGUCUCGGGUUCAAACCCCGUUGAAGUCCUGAAUUUUUUUCAGGCUUCUUUACGCAGUUGCAUAAAUUGCGUUCACUGCGACGAUCAUUUCUUCAUGUUCAUAUCUGUCUGGAUUUGUUAAAACGUGGCUAAAGAAACUUCAAGUGCAUUUUAACUAUUUGACAUCUAAGUGGAAUGGGAAGCAAUUAAAAGUCACUAGCUGAAGCUAAACAAUGACAGCAUUAUUGCUGACAAUAGACGGUAAAGUUCUCUCGCAGAAAUAACAGGAUUUUGGGAUGAAAUAAACAACAUUUGAAACGUCCAGAAAUUGUAAUCUUUUAGUCAGUCAAACCGUGAGGCCUACAGCUCAGUGUCGGCCGAAAACAGAUCAAGAAUCCACAAUCUUUGAGCACAGAAUAGGCUUUCUAACACAAAAUCACCCAAACUAAACACUCACGAAGCGUUUUUAUGCUUGACACAAAGUAUUCUAGUAACACGAGCUCAACCGCACAUACCUGAGAUUUGUCUGUCAACACUUUCGGUAAAUCACACUAUGAAUGACUUUCGCGGCAAUNUUGAUUCGAUCAUUAGCUACACCUGGACACUUGUAAUUUAUAAUGUCUACAUGUCUUCAGGCUUUUCAAAUCAUGUACAAGAGACAAAGUUACAUGUAGAUUCAAGUUUUAGUGAAUUGAUGCAAGAGGUUAGGUUGAAAUUGAGAAGGUGUUUGCAUUAAAGAUCACUCACCAAAGGUACUCCUCGCUGUCUUGGACCUUGUCUCUCUGUUAUUUAUUUACGUAGGCCUAGGCCUUGCCUAGUCCCUGUAUGGCGUUUUGCCAGGCCUUCUCGGCGUUUUCCCAGGCGAGUUCAGUCUAGUACGCACGCCGAUUUCAAACUUACAUGAAGAGAGAAUUAUGGGAAGUUAUAAAAAACAUUGUUUGGGGGGGGGGGUGGGGGGGGGGGUGGGUAAUAGGUUAAUAGCCAGCGAGGAACUCAUCAAAGUCUGUCUACUGUGGCCUCUCCGGUACCGAUUAAAUAAAUAAAAAGCAACUCUGAAAAAGACAAAAAAACAUGCUCCACUGCAAGGCUCAGUCAGAGGGUAUAUAAGAGAGAUUUCUGUAGCCAUGUUUUUUGCAAAUCCAGACAGAUGUACACUAAGUCAGAAAAAAAUGGAAACUUUCUGCUAGUGAAACCCAGCCGUUAAAUCAUGUUACUUUUACGUGGAACGUGCAAAAUACAAAACUUCGUUGUUUACGUGUUGUGUAAUAAAGUGUACUUGUACGUGAUUAAAUUUAUUAUCUUGCUCUUUCUUCUACAAGAUAUUUGGCCCAGUACAGCAGAUAAUAAAAUUCAGUGAUAUAAACGAGGUUAUUGAGAGGGCAAAUAACACAACUUAUGGGCUGGCAGCAGCAGUAAUCACCAAAGACAUCGAUAAAGCAACGACCAUUUCUCACAGUUUACAGGCUGGAACAGUAUGGUUA